AUGGAUAACAUAAAACUUGUUGUGAUUGGUGAUGGUGCUGUUGGAAAAACUAGUCUGUUGGAGACGUGUGUAACCAAAAAAUAUCCAAAACAAUAUAUCCCAACAGUGUUUGAAAAUUAUCCUGACUUUAUUUUUCAGUAUAAAGACAAAAAAUAUAAGAUGAACAUAUUUGAUACAGCAGGGGGAGAGGAUUACUACAUGCUUAGACCACUCAUAUACCCAAACACAGAUGUGUUUUUGUUAUGUUAUUCUAUUGACAACCCACGGUCAUUUGAAAAUGUUAAAAGUUAUUGGUUGCCAGAACUAAAGAGAUAUGAACCUGAAGUCCCUAUCUUUCUUGUUGCAACUAAAAUUGAUUUAUUAGAAACUAAUGACAAAGACUCUGAGAUAAUUACAACAGAGCAAGGACAUAAAAUGGCAGAAGAAAUUGGUGCAUUAGACUUUAUUGAAGUAUCUGCAUUGAAUGGAACUAAUGUAGAUGAUGUAUUUGGUCAUGUCGUAGAAAUAAAUGAAGCUCAUAAAAAGAACAUGAAAGCCUCUAACAAUGGUCAAUGUUGUAUUUACCUUGUUCCACUUUUGUUAUUUGAUUUAUUCUAUUAG